UGUGGGCAGUUCAAUUGCCAACAUUUGGGCACGCGUCGCAUGCGUAUAAAAGCCGCAGCAUUUCGGCCAAAUCAGCAACAGUCACAGUCACAAUCUCAGCUCGAACGACAGCUCAUUGGCAGCUCGUGUACUUGCGUCACUCACCAAAAAUCGCCAUGGCUUUCCGCUACGUCAUCUCGCUCUGCGCCCUGAUCGCUUGCGCCAAUGCUGGCCUCAUUGGCAGCCAUGUGGCCAUUGCCAAUCCCGCUGUGGAUGCUGUGGCCUCCACUCAACAUAACGUGGUGCGUUCCUUUGGCGGCACCGUCUCCAGCUACUCUAAGGCCGUGGACACGCCGUACUCCAGUGUUCGCAAGACCGAUACCCGCAUCAACAACAACGUCUACACCCAGGCCAUUCCCAAGACAAUCAGCUACUCUACUCCACUUUACACUCAGGCCACACCUGUGGUGGCGAAGACGCUGAAUCCUGCUCCAGUUCUUGAGAAAGCAGUGGAGAUAACGCCCGCUAUUACCAAGGCUGUAACCUAUUCGGCCCCAUCUCCGGUGCUAGCCAAAACCUAUGCAGCGCCUGCACAAACUCUGGCCAAGACUGUUACCUAUGCAGCUCCUGCCCCAGUGUUGGCCCAGACCUACGCGGCCCCUGCUCCCACAGUCCAUUAUGCCGCUCCCGCUGUUACCAAGACUGUCACUUAUGCAGCUCCAGCUCCAUUGGUGGCCAAGACCUAUGUGGCAUCCGCUCCAGCGCUAGCAAAAACCGUCACCUAUGCUGCUCCUACUCCCGUGCUGGAGAAGACCUAUGUGGCCCCUGCCAAGACUGUCACCUAUGCUGCUCCUGCUCCAGUAGUGGCCAAGACUUAUGAAACUCCAUUGGCCAGCACCCACAUUAGUCAUGGUCCAGCUGCCACCACCUACACUCACAACGCGCCCGGCGUUUCCAGCUACGGCAGCACUCAAACGGUUCACUACUCGCCCGCUGAAGCCGUCUCCCACAUGAGCUUCGAUGGCUUUGGCACACACUGGGGCUUCUAGAGAUCAUUCACCCCCAAUCAGUGGACCUCAUAAGUAUGACGACAGAGUUCUUG